AUGAUGGGUGAAGGCAAGGGUUACGGUGAAGUUAACAAUAUAGACGACGGACUGUUGGUUUGGAAUUCGGACUCUGUACAGUCGACUGGCAUUCAAGCAUUGAUGACACUGCUCGCCUUUGUAACAGCAAUCCCUCCGCAUCAGCUGGAAAUUAAUCCCUCUGAGUGCUACACCAUGCAGGAGAUGAAGCCGUCUGUGAUUUUGUGUUGCAAAUGUGGAGCUGCUAUGCACUCCAACCCAAGCAACAUGUGCGAGGCCUGUCUAAUAGUGGAAUGUGACAUUGCAGCUGAUAUUCCCAAACAGCACACAGUCACGUUCUGUCCCAAGUGCUCAAGAUUUCUAAACCCGCCCGCCCAGUGGAUCUAUGCCGCCUGGGAAUCGCCCGAGCUGCUUUCCCUCUGCUUGAAGCGCGUUAAAGGCCUCGGCAGUGGUACAAGGCUGAAGGAGGCUUCUUUUGUUUUCACAGAGCCCCACUCUCGGCGGCUGAUUAUCCAGGUUGUCGUCCGAGGCGAGGUCUACGGGAGCACGCUGGUUGAACAAAAAGCCAUUCUGCACUUCACAAUGCACCCGGCCCAAUGUCCUGAAUGCACUCGGUAUGAAGCUAAGGACUACUGGAACGCCUGCGUUCAAAUUCGACAGCGGGUUGAUCACCAGCGUACCCUGCUCUACCUGGAGCAGAUUUUACUGCGCAAAAAUCUUCAGAAGCAUUAUAGCAAUGUAAAGCAAGUAAAGGGCGGACUGGACUUUUUCUUCGCCACGCGUUCCAAGGCGGCAGCCUUUGUGGAAUUCGUCUCCAAGAUCAUACCCUGCCGAUCGCAGACAUCACAACAACUCAAGUCGCACGAUGUGCACAACAACACCUUCAAUUACAAAUUCACUUUUUGCCUGGAGGUGGUGCCUGUGUGCAAGGAGGAUAUAGUUUGCCUGCCGAAGGCUUUUGCUCAUCGUCUCGGCUUUACAAAUCAACUAAUGAUCGUGACCAAAGUCACCAAGAACAUCCGCCUCUUAGACCCAAUCACCUGCCAGAGUAAGAAGCGUUUGCACAUCUUUGCCUUGGUCUGUUUUACAUUUACUUUGGAUGUUAGGAAGCCCUUUCUGUGUGAUAUUAUUUGA